AUGAGACCAGGCCCCGACAUCAAAGAUUACGAAAUGACGAUCCCAGGGCUUAGUCUUGACCAGUGGAACAACAAGAACAUUCCGCCUGUGCUUGCGAAUCUUUUCCUUCCAUCGCCGGCCUGCACCGUUGAUCAGCUCGUGAAGCGCACGUGGUGCACCCAAAAACCGCUGCGCUGCUGGGAAGACGGAACCAGUCUUAUGUUUUCUAACGAUGCACCUAUAGGCCCGCGCGAGGUCCCCCCAUGGUUCCUCUCGAUCCGCAAUAUAUAUCUCAACUCGCUGAACAUGCAGCAGCCGAAUCAGAGCGCGGACGCCCUCUUGCUGGGCAUCCGCCACCUACCGGCCAUCCGGUUUGGCUGGCCGGAAGUUAUCCGCAGGCUACUCGAACGAGAUUGUUGGAUUAGCGAUGAAGUCCUCGAUCGUGUUUCCGCUAUGAUCAACACCCUUGUGCGGGGGACGCCGCGAGAACACGACACAAUGACAUAUUCCAUUCAUGUCAGCAAGUUUCCCGAAGGGGCGAUCACGCAGAAGUUUAGGUCGUGGGGGCGGAAGAAACGUUUCCACAGGAACGCGAACAUCCUCGUACCAUGGCAUCUCCCAGAUCACUGGAUCCCUGUUGUGUUCAAGAUCAGCGAGAGCAAGGUUCUUUACGCCGACUCCAAGCCCCAGUAUACGAAGUCCCACAAUCUCUGGCCGGCGGCGGAGCGUACCAUACUGGCAGCGGCUCGAGGAAUAGAUGCAGGGUUAAAUAUUCCCGAACGGCACUGGGUCAUAGAUUCGGAAACGUUGAUAUGCGGCGUGCAGGAUGACAGUUCUUCUUGCGGCAUCGCAACCGCAAUGACACUGUUGCGGUAUGCCUUCCCCGAUCGUCCCUCCUUCGUUUCAGGAUGCGCUGCGGAACAGCGCUGGGAGUUGCUCUUGGAAUUGGUAUCGAACGCCGAGGCGACCCCCCUCGGUCGUUCCGAACACGCUAGUGUUUGGGAGGAUGAAUCCCAUCCGCCUCCCCUGGUCCUUUUCAAUCCAUCGCCGCCGGAGCCCCAGGGCGCCAUGUUGGAGCAGAAGGCCACGCCGUCCCGGUUCCAACCGCCGCCAUCACAUUUCCAGAGCGACCCAGCGGAUCGAACGGUUGGUCUACUUUCACCCCGUGCGGUCAUCCGGUUCGGCCGACAGACGGUAGAAUCUGGACUGAUUCGUUCGCUUCCAUCACCGGCAACAUCGGGAGGCAUGUCAGCCGCGGGCCCAUCCGAGCUCGCAUGCGUUCCCCCAUCUACGUCGUCUUUCAAUGGUGACAUCGCAGCGGUCAAACAAGAGCCCAAGCGCGCCGUACCGCCGCCUUCAUUAUUUCAGGGCGAUUUGGUGGGGCCAAUGGCAAUACGCGCCGCAAGUCUUUCACUUCCGACGGCGUUUGAAGGGGAAGACACCAAGAUGAACAAGCAUUAUGGCCUGUGA